GGGGAGGAGGGGAUGAGAGAAAGAAGUUUAUAGGAAAUCCAGGUGGAGAUGUUUAGGGGCAAAAAUUAUAUACAGUAGGAUGAAAAUACUGAAAAUUUGUCCUGUCAGUUUCCCACAGACUGGAUUUUGCUGAUCACAUUCCCAGCAUGGUGUUUAACAUGUUUCUCUGCUUUCUGUAUUUCCUACAAAUUGGAUCUAGAGGCAAACAAUUAGCAUUUUAUGAAAAUGAAGUCUGCAAACAAGAUUACUUUAUUAAAUCACCACCUCCUCAACUUUUCUUCUCUGCAGCCUCUUGGAAAAAGCGGUUUUUCAUUCUGUCAAAGAGUGGGGAAAAGGGUUUUCGGCUUUCCUAUUACAAAGACCGUCAUUGCCGAGGGUCCAUUGAAAUCGAUCGAAAUUCCAUUGUAGAAGUUGGCAUAAGUUAUAGCCAUGAAAAAAUGCAAUCUGUGCAGAAGAUGUUUAAAUGCCACCCUGAGGAGGUGAUGUCCAUCAGAACCCCUAACAGGGACUACUUCCUCGUUGGCCAUGACAGGGAGAAGAUUAAAGACUGGGUCUCCUUCAUCUCAUCAUUUUGCUGGGAUAUGAAAGCAGCCCGUCGGAAUCCAGAGGAGAAACUCUCAUUGGGUGACAAAAGGCCUUCUUCGGACCCCAGCCCUCUCCUUGGUCCUUCCAGCACAUUGGAGAUUGUCAGCUCCACCAGGCCAAGAAACAGUCUUCCAGACAUGCAUUUAACGAGAGAAAAAAUUUCUCCAGGACGUGGACAAACUCAUCUACCACAUGAUUUCUUGCCAGAGACCAAUCAAGAUACGGAAGAAGAGAGUCAUUAUAUUAGCCCUCGAAGUAUUCUUUUAGAGUUGGAUAAUAUUAUUGCUUCCAAUGAUUCUGGCGAAUGCAUUGAACCUGGUAGUCCAGACCAGGUCUCCAAGAGAACUGAGCAUCAUUACAUGCCAAUGAAAUCCUGUUUUUUCAAACAGACAUCCCAAGAGUCUGCUGAUAGCAACAAGGAAUCCCAGACCCUUCCAGACACCCAGAAUGUGGGGCUUCACCUAGAAGAACAAGGCUCAGGACAUGACUCUUGUCUUUCACCUGCCAACGCAGAAGCACAGACCACAAAUGACAAAAAGGGGUCGGCCUCACUAACUGUUGUGCAAUUGUCUAUUUUAAUCAAUAACAUCCCUGAUGAAAGCCACGUGGAGACAGUGAAUGUGUUCCUUUCUCCUCCUGACAUCAGACAUUAUCUUGCUCUCACAGAGGCCGCGGGACGGGUAUGCGUGGCUCAGUGGGAAGGUCCCCCGCGCCUGGGAUGCUUAUUUUUUCACGGAGAUCACCUUUUGGCGGUGAAUGACCUGAAGCCCCAGAGCCUGGAGGAGGUCUCCUUGUUUCUCAGCCGGUCCAACCAGAAGGAGAAAGUAAAACUCACCAUUGGCCGGAUCCCAAAUUCAGAGAAAUUCCAUGCUGUAUCCUGCACAUGCCCCUUAAAAUACCAAGAGGUUGUACCUUUUCAACUGGAUAAGUCUGGACUGGAGAUGACGCUGAAGAGGAGUUCAGCCAUUAAAAAGGGGAACCAAAUACAGAGGGCUAAAGGACUAAUCAAAUCUGCGAAUAGUAGGGCAAAAAGGAGCUUCAGAAAAUAUAUCUUACCAUGUCACCAUUUCACACGGGAGGAAAUCAAGGCCUCAAGUGUUUAACGACAUACUUUCUUUGUGGCUCUGGGUUUCAUAGCUGUUUACUGGCAGAACCAAGAAUCUAAAACCAGCUCUGAGAAACAGAUGUCUGAUCCUUCCUUGGUAUCUGGAUUUAGAUUUGAAAAGACUUUCAGCAUAUAGAAGACAUGUUCAGACACAGUUUAUUUUCUGUCAUCCAGAUUGUGCAGAAAGUGUAAACAUUUUUCAUUUACGUGCCCCAUUGGACCUACUGUUUCCUUUUUUUUUUUUUUAAGCUGGAUUGGAGUUAGGACUCUGCUUUUUUCCCAGUUUUAUUGCGAUGUAACUGACAUGUGACAUUGUAUUCGUUUAAGGUGUACAACAGAAUGAUUUGGUAUAUGUAUAUUGACCCACUCUUUCUACUUCUAGAAAUUUAUCCUACAGAAAUACUCAUACAAGUACACAAAGAUACUUGUAAAAAAUGUUCACUGUAGCUCUGUAGCAUUGUUUGUAAGAAAAACAUCCUUUGGGGAUUGCUUAAUUACGAUGACUUCAUAUAAUCGAACGCUGCAGAUGUUAAAAGUUUUGCAUAGAUGGUUAUGGAAAGAUGCUCAUGUUACACCAAGAAUGAAAGAUGCAAGCUGCUGUACAGUGGGCAUAGCAUCAUCCUCUUCUUGCAAAAAUAAAUUAGUGGGGUGUGUGUGUCUGUAAAAUUUCCCCAACUCUAAUUAGGGAGAGAAAUCCCUCCCUCACAGGGCUGUUGUGAGGUUUAAAUGGAUAAGGGAUGCGUAGCACCUGACACGUGGCCUGAUCAGGAAAUGUCCGUUCUGCUGCUGUUGCUCUGACAUUACUUUUUUCUUAAGUCUAGAAGAACAUACAUGAAAUCGCUAAUAAGAAUCAUCUCUGAGAAGUAUGAUCAGGGUCGGCCAUGAGGGGGAGGCAUUUCUGUAAUGUUUGAAUUUUUCUUUUUUUGCAAUGAGCCUAUGUCAAUUUUAUAGUAUAAAAUAAAUAUGUGU